CCUGCUCCGAGGAAUAUGAAAGGAUUAUCUGGUAGUCGCAACCAACCACAGUUAUGUUCAGCUCAUACUUGUGGUUUAGCAUCCCCUGAAGAUUGUGAACACACCCACGACCAUAUCCACCAUGGGCAGGAGACAAGGCAGCCGUAUCUUCUCAGCCCCACGGAGAGUUGCCCGAUGGACCACCAUCGUUGCUCGCCACGCAGCUCCAUCCAUUCCGAGUGCAUGAUGAUGCCCAUGGUGAUGGGCGAUCACAUGUCAAGUAGCACUUUCCCCAGAAUGCACUACAGCUCACACUACGACUCAAGAGACGACUGCACCAUGUCUCACGGUAACCCUAAGAUUAACCGCAUUCCCGCCAAUCUUUUGGACCAAUUUGAGAAACAACUCCCUCUUCACCGGGAUGGGUUUCACACUUUACAGUACCAGAGGACCUCAACGGCUGCGGAACAACGCAGCGAGAGCCCGGGAAGAAUCCGCCAUCUCGUUCAUUCAGUCCAGAAACUUUUUACUAAGUCUCAUUCUCUGGAAGGCUCUUCCAAGGGCAACGUUAAUGGAACAAAGGGAGACAGUCGAGGGGACGAUCACCAUCACGGGCACCAUUCCAAGCAUAGCAAAAGGAGUAAAAGUAAGGAGCGAAAACCAGAAAGCAAACAUAAAUCUGGAAUGAGCAGCUGGUGGAGCUCUGAUGACAAUUUGGACAGCGAUAGCACUUACAGAACCCCUAGCGUGGUAAAUAGGCACCAUGCAGAUCAUAUAUCCCAUUGCUACCCUGAGGCACUCCAGGGGCAUUUUGGGGAUCUCUCAUUGAAGACUUCCAAAAGUAACAAUGAUGUGAAAUGUUCAGCUUGUGAAGGGCUGGCAAUGACCCCUGAUAGUAAAUAUAUGAAAAGGAGUUCUUGGUCCACACUUACAGUAAGUCAGGCUAAAGAAGCUUAUCGCAAAUCAUCGCUGAAUUUAGAUAAGCCUCUGGUUCAUCAGGAAAUCAAACCUUCCUUGAGGCCAUGUCAUUACCUUCAGGUACCUCAGGAUGAAUGGGGAGGAUACCCAGCUGGUGGGAAAGAUGAAGAGAUCCCCUGCAGAAGAAUGAGAAGUGGGAGCUAUAUUAAGGCCAUGGGAGAUGAGGAAAGUGGAGACUCUGAUACUAGCCCCAAGACAUCACCAAAAUUAACAGUUCGACCAGAGUCUUUAUUAAAAUCCAUUGGGCAAAGACCACUGGGAGAUCAUCAAAAUCAGAGCUACCUUCAAACUGCAAGUGACGUGCCUGGGGGUCACAACCUGGAUCCCUCUGCAAACUACAAUUCCCCAAAGUUUCGCUCAAGGAAUCAGAGCUAUAUGAGAGCAGUGAGCACGCUCAGUCAGGCCAGCUGUGUUAGUCAGAUGAGUGAAGCAGAGGUUAAUGGGCAAUUUGAAUCGGUGUGUGAAUCAGUGUUUAGUGAAGUUGAAGCUCAGGCAAUGGAUGCCCUUGACCUCCCUGGAUGUUUCCGAACAAGAAGCCACAGUUAUUUGCGUGCCAUUCAGGCAGGCUAUUCCCAAGAUGAUGAAUGUAUACCUGCGAUGGCAUCUUCCAACAUCACCUCAACUAUCAGGUCAACCACAGCUGUAACUUACACAAGUUACAAGAAAACACCACCACCGGUACCCCCUCGUACCACUUCCAAGCCACUGAUCUCCGUCACAGCACAGAGCAGCACAGAAUCCACCCAGGAUGCAUAUCACGACAGCCGGACUCAGAGGAUUUCCCCUUGGCCCCAGGAUGGGAGGGGGUUGUACAACUCCACCGACAGCCUGGACAGUAACAAGGCCAUGAACCUCGCCUUGGAAACCGCCGCUGCUCAGCGCCACGCGUCUGAGAGCCAGGGCACCUCCAUACGGAUGAGUGACAAGGCCAUUUUAGUGACAAAAGCAGAGGAGUUUCUUAAGAGCCGACGUUCCUCUAUAGGGAUCCAGGUGGAAACAGCAACUGAUUCGGAUACUGAAAGCAGAGGCCUACGGGAAUACCACUCUGUUGGAGUACAAGUGGAAGAUGAAAAACGACAUGGACGAUUCAAGCGCUCAAACAGUGUAACAGCAGCUGUCCAGGCUGACCUGGAGCUGGAGGGCUUUCCAGGACACAUCACCAUGGAGGACAAGGGCCUUCAGUUUGGCUCCUCAUUCCAGCAGCACUCAGAGCCCAGCACACCCACCCAGUACAGCGCAGUGAGAACUGUACGGACACAAGGACUGUUCAGUUACAGAGAAGAUUAUAGGACCCCAGUUGACACCUCAAACCUUCCACCACCAGAGCCCUGGCUGGAGCCAGCCAUUGAGACAGUAGAGACUGGCAGAAUGUCUCCUUGUCGACGGGACGGAUCUUGGUUUAUGAAGUUGCUUCAUACUGAAACUAAGAGAAUGGAAGGAUGGUGUAAAGAAAUGGAAAGAGAAGCUGAGGAAAAUGAUCUUUCUGAAGAAAUCCUAGGUAAGAUCCGAAGUGCUGUUGGAAGUGCUCAGCUCCUCAUGUCUCAGAAAUUCCAGCAAUUUUAUUGGCUUUGUCAGCAAAAUCUGGACCCGAGUGCCAUGCCAAGACCAACUUCCCAGGACCUAGCAGGUUUCUGGGACUUAUUGCAGCUCUCAAUUGAAGACGUCAGCAUGAAGUUUGAUGAACUGCACCAUUUGAAACUUAAUGAAUGGAAAAUAAUAGAAUCACCUGAAAGGAAGGAAGAAAGAAAGGUUCCUCCUCCUGUACCAAAGAAGCCCCCAAAAGGAAAAUUCCCCAUCACAAGAGAAAAAUCUCUGGACCUACCCGACAGACAGCGACAAGAAGCUAGAAGACGGCUCAUGGCUGCUAAGCGAGCAGCUUCUUUCCGGCAGAAUUCAGCCACAGAGCGCGCAGACAGCAUCGAGAUAUAUAUCCCAGAGGCUCAAACACGGCUUUAA